GAUUACAGGAAAUGUAACUAACUAUCGUUCAGUGGCAUUUUCCACCUUCCUGAUGAUGUAAAUACGUUGCAUCGGGCCUUUUAUUUGUCAGCAAACAUUGGAAAAAAAAAAAACAUCAAUCAGAAUCUCAUUUAAAGUAUGGGCAGGGGAAAUUUGUCUCUAGUUUUUGGAAAAAACGCUGCAGUUAAAAACCAAAGAGUGUCAUGUGAAGCCUGAAUCAAAGAGGUUUGACAGCAGCGCGUUGAGUCACCAGGCUGCCACACAAGCAGAGAUUUAAUAGUUUACUACAGUAGAAGCUGGGAGAUGAUGAAUCGUUUGAGGGCGUCACUGUUAACAUUCAUGACGGUUCUGUCCCAUUUAGGUGUCUGACAGCAUGCACAGCUAAACUGAAUGCAGCCAUGGGUAAUGUAAUGACCACACCUGUGCUUCUCCUGGUUAAAGAAGCUCCAUGAAGAAGGUGUGUCGUACCUUUGAGCAGAGACACAGUAGAACUGGUCCUGUAAGUCUCCUGCUGUGCAGCAGUGUUGUCCUGUGUGUGUGUGUGUGUGUGUGUGUGUUGAACACACUGCAAACCGCUCACAGCUCUCGUGCUUUAGUGUCGUGUGGCUGAGUUGACGUGUGCGUUGUGACACCGAAACAUGUCAGAGUCAACAUGGCUGACUUGGAUUUGAUUUGACGGUUCAGUCCACUUUGGUUUACAGCACAGACCCGUUUCCUCAGAUUCAUGUUGGACAUCGCUUCACCCCUCAGCUUCACACAGAGGGAAACCUUCACUUCAGUGUGUUUUAGAUUUCAUUAAACAUGGAUAAAAAGUUGGAAGUUGGAACCAUCAGGACUUUUGGGCCAUAAGGGCCUUGGUCAGGGAGGAGGAGACCAAGAACCCAGCGGUCACUCUAGACUGAGUGGAUGGACGGAAGCGGCUGAAUAAAGGCCCGUGGCGGCCUGCUCAGAGGUCUCCACAUGGCCACGGUCACUGCUCAGGUGUGCCACCAUGUUUGCACCUGUUUGGCAGGUGUUCAGUCCCAAACAUAAACCAACAGACGGUCACUCACUCAACACUGAAACACUGUAUUAUGUUUGCACACACCUCAGCAGCUUAUUAAUAUGAACCCUGUGAUCAGUGUUUUUCUUCACUUUGAAAGUGAAGGAGAGAAACCCCAACUCCACAGCACAGCAGACAGAGGGGAGGCAGUGUGUUGUUUGGCUGCCUCUCUCAGCUGUGGAUCAUCCAGCUGUUGUGGCAGCUGUGAGGCUACAUUGUAACUUUUGUUCCCACACAGAGCAGAGAGACAGCUGGACGCUGCUGCGGAUGAUGAUGAUGAUGAUGAUGGUGGUGGUGAUGUACAGUAAACACGUGUGUGUGUUUCAGAGGUGUUAGUCCUCUUGUAGCAUGUGUAAGCUGGGCCCCAACAGAGAGGCAGGAUGGACAGUGGUCAGAGCAGAUGGUCGCCUGCCACGGUCCAUGCACACGCACACACACACCAGCUGCAGCUCUGUGGGAGCUGUGAAACCUGCUACCAUCACAUAUAGGUCCUAAAAUGUGUGUUUUUUUUUAUUAUUGUCACUGAUUUUCAGAUUAAACUUCCUGUUUUCAGACAGAUGUUCAGUCUAACUUCAGUACAGUUUGAAGCUCAGCUUUGAUUGGUCCAUGCUGGUCCCCAGACUCUGAAUAUAUACACUCUCAAGCCCCGUCAGGACGAGUCCUCUGGUCCAGGUAGUUCAGAGUCAUGUCUCUGAGCUGUCCCACAUCCUAGCACAGUUUUCAGACUCAGAGUCAAAGAAGUGGAUGCUUAUAACUGUGGAAGACAAGAACAGAGCAGUAACCAAUGAGAGUAUACAGGACAUGGGAGACGGGAGGUCCAGUAUCGGCAGCACCUUGAUGGACAUGGAGAGCACGGCGUCCAGCGGCCGCUCCACCCCGGCCAUGCUCAACGGACACAGCGGGGGCGCGGUGUCCGGGAGCGGCUCGGCGCCGGCGGGCGGCAAGUCCCUGAGCUACACAUGCUGCUGGGAUCACUGCCAGCUGCUGUUCCCCAGCAGCCCCGACCUGGCCGAGCACAUCAGAGCCACACACGUGGACGGACAGAGAGGAGGGGUGUUUGUGUGUCUGUGGAAGGGCUGCAAAGUGUACAACACGCCGUCAACCAGUCAGAGCUGGCUUCAGAGACACAUGCUGACCCACAGCGGGGACAAGCCAUUCAAGUGUGUGGUGGGGGGCUGCAACGCCACCUUCGCCUCUCAGGGGGGACUGGCACGUCACGUCCCCACUCACUUCAGCUCACAGAGUUCGUCCAAAGUGUCCAAUCAGGGCAAAGUGAAGGAGGAGUCUCCGUCCAAGGCGGGCCUCAACAAGAGGAGGAAACUGAAGAACAAGCACAGACGCUCGCUGCCCCGACCUCACGACUUCUUUGACGCUCAGACCAUGGACGCCAUCCGUCAUCGAGCCAUCUGCCUCAACCUGGCAACACGCAUCGAGAGCCAGGGCAACGGACACAGUGUGGUCUUCCACAGCACGGUAAUAGCCAGGAGGAGAGAGGACUCUGGGAAAGUGAAGGUCCUGUUGCACUGGACACCUGAAGACAUACUGCCAGAUGUGUGGGUGAAUGAGAGCGACAGGCAGCAGCAGAAGACCAAGGUGGUUCAUCUGUCCAAGCUGCCCACAGACACAGCUGUACUCCUUGACCCCAACAUCUACAGGAUGUUCUUCUAACACCUCCAGAGAAGCUCCAUUUGUCACUUCCUGCUAAACAGACCUCGAAAAAGGAGGCCGCCUCCUUCGCCCCACCCUCCUCUCGUCUCCAUCCCCACGUUCCUCUUCUCCCCUUCCUCCAUCUUCCCAGAGGAUGCUGGGAGUGUAGUGACUUGUUUGUCAUGGCUGUCUGAGGCCUUCAGUGUUUUCUCAUUAGGUGCUGAGUUUACUGAGGACACGUAGGGCGAGAUGUCGCUUGUUUUAGGUAACACAAGUAGACUGAAAACUAACUGACAGAGCUGUAACUGUAGACACACGUGUAGAGAGAAGCUGUCUUUGUAAAUACUUGAGAUUUGUAAUAUAUUUUUAUACUUUGAAUUUUUUUUACUGUACUGUAGAUAGAUGUCUCUUUUUUUUCCCCACCAAACAUUUUAAAUAGAUGUUUUAAAAACCUGAUAAUAUCGGUCAUGUGCAUAUAGCUGCCAUUGCCCUGGUUUGAUGUCAUUAAACCUUUCCAACCUCCACCUGCUCUGAAGUCUUCACCUGCCAACCUGUUCAUACAUAAUAUAUAAUUUGACAACAUGGUCCCAUUGGUUUAUUUUAAUCCAGCAGUGCGCUGCUGAUAAAAUGUGUAUGUGCUGGAUGGAUCUAUGGCAGGAGCUCAUUUCCACACUUCCAGUACGGAACCAUGAGCACAGAGCUGGGUCCACACGUCCUGUAGCAAACUUAAAGCAAGGAUGGAGGCUGCGUGUGAAGAAGAAGAGUUUCAGAGACACCUGGUGGCCAUGGGCAGGUAUUUUAGGCCCUGUCAGAUGUACAGAUGCUCUGAAAAUGUUAAAGAGCAGUGGCUAAAGUUAAAAUGAAUAGUGCUGAACACUGUUAC